CCCGUCUGUAGCUACCUCUGCGCGCCAAAAUCAAACUCCAGCCCGGCAGCGCCAGAGCCUGCGACGGGUGGCGUCCAGCCGGGGGUCGAGCCCAGCGCGCACACCUGAGGCACCGCACCGCCCUCCCUCCCGACGCGCUCGAGGCCGCCGCAGGAGCCAUGGCCACCCCACCCAAGAGGAGCUGCCCUUCGCCCGCGACGAGCUCUGAGGGAACCCGCAUCAAGAAAAUUUCCAUCGAAGGGAACAUCGCUGCAGGGAAAUCAACAUUUGUGAAUAUUCUUAAGCAAGUCUGUGAGGACUGGGAAGUGGUUCCUGAACCUGUUGCUAGGUGGUGCAAUGUUCAAAGUACUCAAGAUGAAUUUGAGGAACUGACGACAUCUCAGAAGAGUGGUGGGAAUGUUCUUCAGAUGAUGUAUCAGAAGCCUGAACGAUGGUCUUUUACCUUCCAGUCAUAUGCCUGCCUCAGUAGAAUAAGAGCUCAACUUGCCUCUCUCAAUGGCAAGCUCAAAGAUGCAGAGGAACCUGUAUUAUUUUUUGAGCGAUCUGUGUAUAGUGACAGGUAUAUUUUUGCAUCUAAUUUGUAUGAAUCUGACUGCAUGAAUGAAACAGAGUGGACAAUUUAUCAAGACUGGCAUGACUGGAUGAAUAAACACUUUGGCCAAAGCCUUGAACUGGAUGGAAUCAUUUAUCUUCGAGCCACUCCAGAGAAAUGCUUGAAUAGAAUAUAUUUACGGGGAAGAGAUGAAGAACAAGGAAUUCCUCUUGAAUAUUUAGAAAAACUUCACUACAAACAUGAAAGCUGGCUUCUGCAUAGAACACUGAAAACCAACUUUGAUUAUCUACAAGAAGUGCCUAUAUUAACACUGGAUGUUAAUGAAGACUUUAAGGACAAACAUGAUAGUCUGGUUGAAAAGGUCAAAGAAUUUUUGAGCACUUUGUGAUCUUGCUGAAGACUAUAUAGACAGCAAAAUACUUCCAGAUACUUCAGAUUUAUGUGUCUUCACAGCUCCAUAUUCAUACAGGUCUUAUUAGGAAGUCUAAGUUUUUAGCCAUUUUUGUUUAUUAAAAAAUUUUUUUUUAAUGAAUCUUUUACAAAAGUUUAUAACCUAUUUUCUGAAUUUUUUUUUUUGGGGGGGUGUCUCUAAAAACAAAGGCAUUGAAUUAUUUUUCACAACAAGAACUCUGGAAAUGUACAUAUUUCCAGGAUCAGUGUAAAGACUAAACUACACCAUAAAGGACCCAGUAUCUUCUUGUCCUCUUGCUCUGUCAUUCUCAGCAGGUUUGCAUUUUUUUCCCUGGUAUUUCUCAAUGGAUGACCAGUUUCUUAACUGGAAACUUUAAUGUUACAUAGUUUGGUGAUGUUGCCUGUGUAAGUUAGUGCACCUGUUAAAAGUUUAAAAGAUUCCCUAGAAAAGUAUUUUAAAAUUUUAAGUAUUUUUGAUCCAGUACUUUUGUUUCUAUCUUAAUUUAUAUGAAAGAUAAUACCAGGUUUAGUAUUUAAUCACUUCACUGAUAUUUAUUAAUGUUUCUAUAACACAUUUAUAGAGGAACAGGUUAGACUUUGUUCCUAGUUUGUAAUAACAUAUUGAUGGAUCAUUUAACAUUUUUUUCUCCCUUUGUUUCUACAUCUGUGGUAUGGAUGAAAUUUUAGUCGGCCUUUGGCAGGGUAUUUUUGAGAAUUAAAGAAGAAAUGAGUCUAUACUUAAAAGGUAAUAGUUAAUACAUGAGUAUAAAGAUUCCGUUUACAUGGAAUUUAAAAUAACUACUUGCUUUCUCCCUUUUCCGACCAUUCUUUCAAAAUUGAAUAUGUCAUUGUGGUUAAAAGAUUGGUUUAAACUGUAUUUGUCUUUAAAUGAUUUGAGAUGGAAGUAUAGUUUUCCCUAACUUUCUCCCCAUUUUUAUAGGUAAUUUUAAUAGAAUAAUGAGGGAUAAGUUUUUCCAUUUUAUUCUCUAUUCACCCUGAAUGGGAAUGAGUAGUUUACCUUUAUACUUGAGCAACUGAAGACAAGGUAGAUUAUUUUCUUGGCAGUUUAGUUUAUUUAGUCUCAGCUCUUAUUUCCAUUUUUUGUCCUCUUUUCCUAUGAUUAAUUAAGCAGUCUGAUAUUUUAAAGUUUGAUUAAGGGGCACCUGUUUUAUUAUGUGAACAUCAUAAUCACUCUUCAUUUCAUAGUUUACUUUGUUUCUCUUAAGUUAACCUCCCUUUAAGAAAGGUUGCUUAUAGAAAUGGUCUUGCUUUAUUUGUUAUGUAUCUUGAAAGCAUUAUCUUUUUUUUGUUGAAUGAUGUUAGGAAAUGUAUAUAUAUAAAGAAGAGAAGGGGGUAGAAAGUUUCCAUUAAUUAGGUACUCUUAAUUAUUCAUCUCUAAGUGCUUAUGUGAAUAGUUUUAAUUCUUAAAAUCUCACAGAUUCAUUUUAGGUCUGUGUAUAAUUGAACAGUUUUUUCAAUUUUAUUUAAUUAGAUCUGCAAUGUUUUUUCCAAUGUGUUUACCUUUUCACUUGACAUUUUAGAAAAAUUCUAUGCUUUUCAAAUAAGGGAAAUAGUCACUUUUACUUUGAAACUUAUUAUCCUCUUUAAAACAUCAUCUUUUGUUUCUGGUUUCUUGAUAUUCAAAGGUGAUAAUUUAGUGGGUUAAACUGCAUGCACUGAUCGUAGAAUAAGAGAUUUUGUUUCAAAUCUGUAACCGCCAAGAAUAUUUAUAUUCAGUAUUGUAUGGGUUUUUGUUUUUAUUUGAUAUUAAUGCAUUUGUUUGUAUAUUUGCUUAAUAAAUAAGCAUAUGAAUUCAUCUUUAGAAAAGUUACAUCAUUUUUCAAUAACCUCUUGAGUAUACUUUUCAAACUCCAAAAAACACUGAACAAAUAUGCAAAAUCCUCCAAUAUUUAAACAUUACUAUCAGAAAGAGACACAUUAAUGUACUUGAUACUUUCUACAUUGAGAUUAUAAUUUUGAACACAUUUGAAUUGUGCAUCAGGUUAUUUUACUCUGCCAUAAGUAUGUCAAGUGAGAGGAACGAAGAGGUUACAUUUUUCUAGCACUUUAGUAAAUUAUGUGUGAUUGCCAUUUCAAUGAGUUUUGAACACAGUUCCCUAAAGGUGUUUUUCUGAACUAUAUACCCUAAUUUUUUUUUAAGUGUAUGCACUUGGAUCCAUAAACCCAGCCAACAGGCUGUAUGCUGUACUUUCUCCUGUUGCCCAACUGAUUAGAUGCUAAAACUUAAUUUUAAGUGCAGUUUGAAUGUAAGAUGACCAUUUGUCCCCAAAUGGGUGGAAAAUUGGUGAGAGGAAAGUGUUGUAGGAAGCAGAAUGCACCUUUGAAAGAGUGACUACUUUAUUUUUCCCUGUCACAAAUUGCCAUCCAUUAUCAAGUUUUCCUCUUUGGCAAGUAUAAUAAGCUUUCUUUAGAAUGUAUUUCUAUAUUGGUUAUUAUUUAUAAACUUGUUCUUUCAUUCAGUUUGUACAUUCUUUGGAUAUCUUGGGAUAUAACAUUACACCCAAUUAAAUUUUUUAAAGGAAAAUUUUCAUUUACAUCAUUUUACUCAGUGACAGUGCUUUCAGGAAUGGGUAUAUAAUUUAAAAAAUUUUAUUUAGUUUUACCUAUUUCUUUCCCUCUCCAUUUUUUAAAGAUUAUUGUGGCUAUAAGUCUGGAAUUGUAUGUUUAAUAAAG